CCUGUGUGUAAAGUUUGUUACAAAUGACUUGUUCAUUAAAGAAAACAUGCCUAAAAAACAAACGUCUAUUGUCUGGCAAGACCGGGAAGUGCUCUUCGAUCUACCAUUUUCGUAUUUAAGACUGCGAUCUGGCGAGAAGAUCUUCGAUAGAAUAGAACCCAUAGAGGAUACCAAAGGUAACAGUGGGACUAAAGGUCGUAUGGUCGUGACCAAUUUAAGGAUCAUUUGGCACUCUCUGAGUUCACCCAGGAUAAAUCUAUCAAUAGGUCUCAACUGCAUCAUAUCGACGAGCACAAGGACCGUAAACUCCGGUCUGCGGGGGACUACACAGGCGCUUCAUCUGUUAGCCAAUUACAACAACAAUAAGUACGAGUUCAUCUUCACCAACCUCUCGCCCAACUGCGUCAGACAUUACACCUCAGUUGUAGGCGUGCAUAAAGCUUAUGCAGGUUCAAGAUUAUAUCGUGAUUUGAAACUUAGGAGUGCUAUUAUACACAACAAACAGUUGAAGAUGCUACCUCUCGAAAAGAUUUGUAUCCAUGAGCACGGAGUGUGGAAUCUGUCGAGUGAGUCCGGUAACCUCGGUAGUCUACGUGCGAGUAACGUGCGCGUUGUGUGGUGCGCAGACCUAAAUGAUGCAUUCAAUAUCUCCAUGCCUUACAUCACUAUAGAAAGUAUAUCAAUCCGGAACUCCAAGUUCGGUGAGGCUCUAGUGGUUGUGGUGCACGCGUGGUCUGGCGGCUAUGUGCUCGGCUUCCGCACUGAGCCGUCUCGUCUGCGUCCGCUGCUCGCUGAGCUGCAGACACUGCAUCACGCGUACACUGAGAAACCGAUCUUCGGUGUUGAGAUCAACUGGGGGAAUGAGGCACCAAAAUCGACAAGUGAUGAAAUUGAAGAUUUAGUAGAGAUAGGCGAGCCCCGCGGCGAGAUGGGUCCACAAUUGUAUCUCGCAUCUCAGUUGGCACAGAAUAAAGAAGACGAAGUCAUCCAGCCAGUGUACAGUCCUUACUUAGGUCUUGCUAUUGAACCAUUAAAAGAAGGGUUCACGCUUAAAAGUCUAUUCGAAGUGCAGACGUAA